AAAUUUGGAAACUAGAUGGGUCUUUUAAUCACUGUCAUCUACUAGGUAAACAAGGUAGGUGAAGAGGGGAAGGGGUAAGUUGUGAUUUUGGUCUUUAUCACUUACGAAUUCUGGAUAAGAAAAGUGAAAACCGUACGGCGUCCUUGCUAAUUGCUCUUGUUGUACAAUAGUUUUAAACGUCGUCGGUCUAUAUAAUAUUCGUAUUAAUUUACCAUUAAGUUUAUACACCCUCAGAUUUGCUAUGCCGAAAAUACGAAGAAGUCGAAAACCUCCGCCAGAAGGUUGGGAGCUCAUCGAACCUACUCUAGAAGAGUUGGAACAAAAAAUGAGAGAAGCUGAAACUGAAUCUCAUGAAGGGAAACGAAAAGUUGAAGCUUUGUGGCCGAUUUUCAAAAUUCAUAAUCAGAAAUCACGAUACAUUUAUGAUCUUUUUUACCGCCGUAAAGCUAUUUCAAGAGAGCUCUAUGAUUUUUGCUUACAAGAAAAAAUUGCUGAUCAAAAUUUAAUAGCGAAAUGGAAAAAGCAAGGAUAUGAAAAUUUAUGUUGCCUACGUUGCAUUCAAACAAGAGAUACCAAUUUUGGUACAAGUUGCAUUUGCCGAGUACCUAAAUCCAAACUAGAAGAAGGUCGUAUUGUAGAGUGUGUACAUUGUGGAUGCAGAGGUUGUUCUGGUUAAAUACCUAUAUUAAUAACUAUAAUAUGACAUUUUAAAGUUUUUUUUUUUUUUUUUUAAUUAAUUAUAAUAAAAUUUUACAUCUAAGAAUCACCAUUUUUUAAUAUUGUACUUAAGACUGAC